AUGGCGUACGGCUUGCGCUCACCUGACCAGAUUGUCAAUGAACAUAUCGCAAAACCAUGGAAACAGAUCGAGUACACGGAAGCCUGGCGCAAUCUGCCUGAGGUGCCUAAAAAAUCGGAAAUCUGCCCCAAUGUUGAUCCAGUCGUGGCGAAGAUUGAGAAGCAAGAAGCGUGGAACGACUAUCAGAACGAGCCAAGGUAUGAGACAAAGCUGCCUGAGAAUAUCGUAGAGGGGCCUUGGCCGUCGAGAGAGGACUACAUAGGCGCUCACUACCAAAUUCUUCGGGAAGAUGCUGUCGCACCUUUACGGCGUGUUGUAUCCGAGUUCAAACGACACCCCCACAUGGUGGAAGACAGUGAUGUGGGAAUAUAUACUCAUGUAACAUUCAGAGGCAUUCAGUUAAGUCCAGUCGGAGCCGCCUUUCGUGUGGAGUUUUCAAAUGAGCGAGCUGGCAAAUUGAUCCGUUGGGAUCAAUCGAAACGUUUGAUGCAGGGAAGUAUAGUUGCCAUUACAACACAAAGAGAUAACUUUCACUCCAUUUGCAAGAUCGCGGUCGUUGCUGCACGCCCCCUGGAAGGAUUGCAACAAAAUCCGCCGCAAGUGGAUCUCUUCUGGGGCGAUGAUAAAGACACGGUUUUUGACCCUUCCGAAGAGUAUAUCAUGGUUGAAGCCAGAUCCAGCUACUUCGAAGCCUCGAGGCAUAUGCUGGAGGCCUUACAGAAGUUAAUGACUGAAAAGUUCCCACUAGCUGAUCAUAUUGCCAUGGUUGAUCCUAUGAUCGGCCCACCCGCAUACGUUGAAGAUCAUUCUAUCAUGGAUCUAUCCUCUCUACCGUUACCAACGGGUACCUCCGAAGAGACAGUUGUUCCAGAUGUAGAUGAAAGACUGCUUAAUGUCGACGUCCUUGAAAGUUUCCCUGAGAUUCCCGCGUCAGGAAUGGACGACUCACAAAUGUCCGCCCUGCAGAGCAUGCUAGUUAAGAAGGUUGCAAUCAUCCAAGGGCCUCCAGGAACUGGUAAAACUUUUGUUUCUGUCGCUGCGUUGAAAGUCAUGAUGGCAAACAUGCAGUCCGGUGACCCACCUAUCAUUGUUUCUGCACAAACGAAUCAUGCCCUUGAUCAGUUACUCAAUCAUAUCCUAAAAUUUGAGGACAAAAUCCUGCGCUUAGGUGGACGGUCGAGCAAAGAGAACGAGGAGAUUCGAAAACGAACAAUCUAUGAAUAUAGACAAAGUACAGAAGGUGCCCCUAACAAGGCCUACCUUAUUAGGGCUGCACGAAGAGUACUGCGCGAUCGCAUAAGUGAAAUUCAACAAACAAUGAUGCCAAUCAUCAACUUCUCAGGCAUAAUUGACUUAAAAAUCUUUUUAGACCGCGGCAUCAUCACACAAGGCCAAUAUGAUUCACUGGCUGGUGGAGACUGGGAUGGAGAUGAUAUGGACGCGUCCGGUUUUGCAUCUUGGCUUCCUGGAGAUCAACUGGAACCGAUCCCAAGAACACCACUUAUCAACUCAAACUUUGAGCUAGAAGAGGGAGAUAUUGAGCAAGAACAGCUCAAGGAUCUAGAGGCGGAAGCGGGGGCUCUUCGCCAGGACGAGAAUGAUCCUAGGGAAGCCUUGAGUGGUGAGUGGCUGGGAUUUUCUCGUGAGUUCAACGGUAGAGAUACGGGCAUGGAAGAUAAAGAGAUCAAAAGACUGCUUUCGACCAACAAAAGUCUUCAUGGGAUCCCAGCCGCAAAGCGUGGUGAUACGUACAGGUAUCUGGUGCGGAAGCUUGACAGCAAGAUGAAGAGAGAUCUUAAAAGCCUUCUGUCAAAGUAUCGUAAAGAUCUUGAAAACCUGCAAGUCGCAAAGUGGACCGCAAACAUUGCAUUGAUCAAGCAUUUGGGUAUUAAAUUGAUUGGAUGCACCACAACAGGACUUUCUAAAUACCGUGGACUCCUCGCCGCUCUAGAAUCACGUACUCUUCUGAUUGAAGAGGCUGCCGAGACCCUUGAGGGGACCGUCAUCGCUGGCAUGAUUGAUAGCCUGCAGCAACUCAUCCUAGUCGGCGAUCAUCAACAACUGCAAGCUCAUUGCAAUGUGAAAACCUUGGAAGAGGCGCCUUAUCACAUGAAUGUCUCUAUGUUUGAGCGGCUCGUCAAAAACUCUAUUGGAUAUGUUAUGUUAAAUAAGCAGCGAAGAAUGAUUCCAGAUAUUCGAGGAUUACUCUGUGUUGAGGCGAAUCCAUUCUACCUCAACCUCAGGGAUCAUGAUUCGGUUCUAGAACUAGACAAUCGACCGCCUGUACCUGGUAUGGGGGGAAUCAAUGUCUAUUUUUUCCAUCAUACAUGGACAGAAUGCCGAAAUGCCGACAUGAGCAUCAACAAUCAAGAUGAGGCUCAAAUGAUUGUUGCCCAUUUCAAUCAUCUUCUGAUGAAUGGUGUAGACGCAAAUGAUAUCACUAUCUUAACGUUCUACAAUGGCCAGCGUAAAGCCAUUUUACACCAAUUAAAAAGGCAUCCCGGCUUAUCUGGGAUUCUUUACUUCAAAGUUUUCACGGUAGACAGCUAUCAAGGUGAAGAAAACGACAUUAUCAUACUGUCCUUGGUUCGUAGUAAUAGUACUAUGAGCAUAGGCUUCUUGGAGAACAAAAAUCGCCUUGUGGUUGCUUUAUCAAGAGCACGCCGGGGGCUUUACAUCUAUGGAAACUCAACGACUCUAACUGUAGGCGAAGAAUCGGAGAACUAUGUUGGCCGUGAUCCAUUGUGGUGGCCUCUCAUAGAGCAUAUGAAGUACCGCGGCUGGUAUAACUUUGACCGAGGCCUACCAAUAUAUUGUGAAAGGCACAAGGAGAAGAUAUACGUUGAAGAUCCAGAUGAUUGGGUGGGGCUAAAUGGAGGGUGCUCCCGCGAGUGCGAAGGCAGCCUUGACUGCGGGCAUUCAUGUCCCUACGCGUGUCACCCCUUUGACCAUUCGACAGUCGAGUGCGCAGAGUCAUGUCCGCUCAUGGUUGAGUGUGGUCACCCAUGCCGCAAGAACUGUGGUUCACUUUGUCAGUGCGACGAAGAUGGCUGUCCCUAUUCUUUCACUCAUCUACAAGCUCCGCUUGCCGAAUCGAAUGAUCUCACGGUAGACAUCCGUACUGAAGAUGAGAUUGCAUACGGUGCUGCUGUUCGGAAACAUCUUUCAGCCACUCACCAUACAGGUAGUCACCAACAGCCCUUGUCGUUGCCCGAUAAAGCUGAGAGAGUUCGAGCUUGGAAUUCGUGGGAUGCAAAAGAAUUUGACGUUGCACAAACCGAAACUCUCGCUGCUUCGUCGGCCACUUAUGACAUUUCCAAUGAAUCACAAAAUCGAGUUUUUAGGGAGGACUUCAAACCAGUCAAGGUUGCAGAUGGCAAGCGGAAAAGGUAUGAGAAUGCUUCUACAAAGCAAUCUUCAGAGCUUGACAUCGGUCUGGGGCCCUCUGAAGGUUACGACGUGCUGGACACGACUAAAGCCAGUAUCAAAGUGGAUGAAAGCUUGCCUACUCAAAAGCAAGCACUGCUCUUCACGAUGCUCUCACCGACCAGAACACCAAAAGACAUCCAUCCAACGGCCGAAGAGGGAGCGAUGGCUGAGUCCCUGCGAUCGCCGCCGGGGCUCAAAGACAAUCACAGCACUAUAUCUGAGUGGCAGUUCCCGGAAUCUUCAAAAGCUUUAGUCUCCAAUCUCAGAGACGCAACUUUAUCGACAAAGCCGCCUCAAAAGUAUCCAGCAACACAUAUCACAAGUCCAGUUACUGAUGAGACUCAGCUACAAGAGGACUUUGAUCUACUUAGCUUUGAUGAACCUUUACCUAAACCGAUUACCAUCCAAGCUUCCGAUCUUGAUAUGUUUGAAGCGCAAUUUGGCUAA